UACCCAAGAUCGUUUAUGGAUAGCGAUGGUGAUGGCAUUGGGGAUCUAAAAGGAAUAACUUCGAAGUUGGAAUAUUUGAAGGAAUUAGGUGUGGGAGCAACAUGGCUGUCUCCAAUGUUUCAGUCACCUAUGUACGAUUUUGGAUAUGAUAUUGCCGACUUUUACGAUGUUCACGAUGAAUACGGUACAAUGGAAGACUUCGAUAACUUGAUGGCAAAGGCCAAGGAACUAGACAUAAAGAUUGUUCUCGAUUUCGUACCGAAUCAUGGUAGCAAUGAGAGUGUUUGGUUUGAGGAGGCAUUAAAAGGUCAUGAAAAGUACUAUGAUUACUUUAUGUGGGAGGAUGGUGUUUUAGAUGAAAAUGGAACUUUACGCCCACCAAAUAAUUGGAAUAGUGUUUUCCGUAAAAGCGCUUGGGAAUACAGAGAGGAAGUUGGUAAAUAUUAUUUACAUCAAUUUGUCAUUGGUCAACCCGACUUUAAUUAUCGUAACCCUGAAGUUGUUGAGGAGAUGAAGAAUGUUUUGAGAUUUUGGUUUGAGAAAGGCGUCGCUGGUUUUCGAGUGGAUGCUAUAUCACAUUUGUUUGAAGUGAAUAAAGAGAAGUUUGGUGGGAAAUAUCCCGAUGAGCCUUUAAGUGGUGGAAGUACUGAUGACCCAGAAAGUUAUAACUACUUGGAUCACAUUUACACUAAAGAUCUGGAUGAGACUUACGAUAUGGUAUAUCAAUGGCGAGAAGUCUUCGAAGAGUAUAGUGAAAAAGAUGGUUUAUCAAGAGUCAUGAUGACAGAAGCUUACGGCAGCCCACAGGUUACCUUGAGAUAUUUUGGUGAUGGAGAGCGUGAUGGUUCGCAUAUGCCUUUCAAUUUUGUACUUAUAUCUGAUGUUAAUGGCGAUUCGAGUGCAGCUGAAAUAAAAUACGCUCUUGAUAAGUUUUUGACGUUCAAACCUAUCGAUAAACUUGCUAAUUGGGUGGCUGGAAAUCAUGACAACAACAGAGUAGCUUCCAGAUUCAGUCCUAAGUUAGUUGAUGGAAUAAACAUGAUUGUUUUACUGCUUCCCGGAAUCGCGGUUACUUAUAUGGGUGAAGAAAUUGGAAUGGUAGAUGGUUUUGUAAGCUGGGAAGAUACGGUUGAUCCAAGCGGCUGCAAUACAGAUGAUCCUAUCAAUUAUGUAUCAGCCUCACGCGAUCCAGAGAGAACUCCAUUCCAGUGGAGUUCGGAGAAAAACGCCGGUUUCUCGACUGGUGACAAAACUUGGCUACCAGUUGCUGAAGGUUAUGAAACUCUAAAUGUAGAAGUACAGCGUAAUGUUGAACGAUCUCAUCUAAACAUUUAUAAGACUUUGGCAAAAUUACGAGCGGAGCCAGCAUUCAGGCAUGGCAGAUAUGAAUCAGUUGCUUUUAAUUCGGACAUAUUGGCUUUCAGAAGGUGGCACGAGGGUGAAACUUACAUAGUUAUUAUAAAUUUUAGAGACGAAAGUUAUACUAUUGAUUUGACUUAUUUUGAGAAUGUAAUAGGAAACCUCGAAGUCGUUGUAAAUAGUCUUGACUCACCAAAGACAACAGGAGACUUACUAGAUGCGCAGAAUGUUGAUAUAGCCGGAAGUGAAGCUUUGGUUCUAAAAGUAAUUCAAUAA